ACACACAUCCAGCUCCCACGAAAAUUAAGCUUGAGCUUUAUGCACAAGAUUGCAGAAAUCAGUAUCGAUGAUUGCUUUGCUUAACUUGGUAGGAGGAAGAGCACAUUCCAGAAGACAUGAAAAAGGAGGCCAAUAACCGAGCGAGAGCUUUAUCUCGCACAGCUCGAAAUAUGCUUUUCUAAAGCAGGCCCCAAUCAAUUGCCGGCACCCACACCACUUCGCCUUUACCCCGAAUUUUCAACGGUGGAAAUGGGAAUGGGAAUGGAGUCCGAGGCAAUGGCAGCCGGGCCAGCAUCCACUCACUGCUUUGUAAAAGCUGCUUCUUUAUCCCUUCCCUCUUUAUUUUGCUUUUGCAUUAGCUUAUUAGCCCCCUUUUACCUCCAUUACUUCGUUCCUUUGGCUCCCUUUUGCUUUCCCGUUUGGACACCAUACUCUCUUGGCUUCUUCUCCUCUCCUCUAGUCUCUGUGGUUUCGUUGGUGAUUGGUUGUUGUUGUUAUUGCUGCUGCUGCUGCUGCUGCUCGGGAUCAAUGGGUACUCCUAGUCCUACCCCGUACCACCUCCAGUCUCCACGGACCAUCAUCACCAAGAUCAUCAGCAUGAAGCAGCAGGAGCCGGCGACGCCCGAUCCGCCGCCUCCGUCCAAGAUCAUCCUGCAGCCGCGGCGCCGGACCACCCCGGCGAUGUGGUGCGCCGCCAUCGCCGGCUUCGCCUUCAGCGUCCUCCUCAUCCUCGCCGGCCUCAUCAUCCUCAUCGUCUACCUCUCGGUGAAGCCGAGGACGCCGUCCUUUGACGUCGCCAACGCCGCCCUCAACACCGUCUACGUCGGCUCCCCCUCCUACUACUACAACGGCGACAUGACGCUGGUGGCCAACAUCUCCAACCCCAACCACAAGAUGGGCGUCGUCAUCCAGUCCGGCGCCGUCGAGCUCUUCUUCCGGGGCAGGCUCGUGUCGGUGCAGGCGCUGCCGCCCUUCGCGCAGCCGCGGGGGCACUUCACGGUGCUCAACGUCCACAUGCUGUCCAGCCAGGUGGCGCUGCCGCCGGAGGUGGCCGCCGACCUGCUCAGCCAGAUGAGGAGCAACAAGAUCCUCUACACCAUCAGAGGGACCUUCAAGGUCCGGGAAAGGUUCUGGUCAUGGCACUACACCUACCGGUUGACCGCCAUUUGUGACCUCGAGCUCACCUCGCCACCCUCUGGAGUUCUUCUUGAUAGGAGAUGCACAACAUCAAAGUGAUUAGUAAUUGGUUUCUGGAUCGAUGCUCUUUUGAUCUUCUUUGUUUCUUGUAUCAAAUUGUAGAGGAAUUGGGUCAAGGCAUAGCAAAGCAAACAUACUAGUACUAUGACUUACUAGUGUGGUUUGAGGUUGUGGCUUUCACAUUUCUUGUUUACUCGAUCGAUAGCUGCCUUACUGCUGGAGCCUCAAAGCCUUCCUGCAACAUGUACAGCGGCAGGCAAUGGUCGAAAAGAUGCAGCUGUCUAGAUAUUGUUUGUACAUCGUGGAUCUCAUAUAUGGUUAACUGGAUGAAUUUUAUAAA